GGUUGUUUGUGGCGUGGGUGGUCCCGCGGUCGGGCUAGUUUCUUAUUGACUGAAUCGAGCAUGCUCGCCCGCGCCGCCCGCCGCUCCAUCCACAGCACCGCGCUCCGCGCCGCCGCCGAGAACGCGUCGGCCGCCGGUGCCACCAAGGUGACGUUGAACCUCAACACGCCCCACCAGUCCUUCUACAAGAAGGCGGAGGUCGACCUCGUCCAGAUCCCGGGCCUCGUCGGCGAGUACGGUAUCACGGCGCGCCACACGCCGAUCAUCUCGCAGCUCAAGCCCGGUGUCAUCAUCGUGCACGAGGAGCGCGACAAGGUCGUGAAGAAGUUCUUCACGGCCGGCGGCUUUGCCUUUACGCACGCCGACUCGGUCACGGACAUUGCCUGCGUCGAGUUGGUCAAGGUCGAGGACAUUGAUGCGUCGGCCGCCGAGGCCGGUGUCACCAAGUACAAGCAAUUGAUGGACCAGGCCGCCCAGGGCAGCGUCGAACGCGUCGAAGCGCAGAUCGCGUACGAAACCCACGUCGCCAUGGUCGCCGCCUUGGCCGCGUAGACGACUAGUGUGUGUCUCUCUUGCUCUUAUAAAUCCAAGCGUGCCAAUGAUGUAAUACUACCAUCCGCGUUCACGCCACCUCU